CCUUUGAGAAGUGCUGCCCCAAUGUCUGUGGAACCAAGAGCUGUGUGGCUGCCCGGUACAUGGACAUCAAGGGGAAGAAGGGGCCUGUGGGGAUGCCCAAAGAGGCAACCUGUGACCGCUUCAUGUGCAUCCAGCAAGGCUCAGAGUGCGACAUCUGGGACGGGCAGCCCGUCUGCAAGUGCAAGGACAGAUGUGAGAAGGAGCCGAGCUUUACCUGUGCCUCUGACGGGCUCACCUACUACAACAAGUGCUACAUGGAUGCAGAGGCCUGCAUCAAAGGCAUUACACUGAACGUGGUCACCUGUAGGUACCACCUUACCUGGCCAAACACCAGCCCUAUCCCCCCAGAAACAACAGCUCGCCCUACCACCGCCUACUCCGAGACGACAGUCGUUGAUAUCCUGCCACCUGCACUGGUGAACAACCCUGUCCAUCAGUCUGUCUACGUGGGAGAGACCGUCAGCUUCCUCUGCGACGUUUCAGGAAGACCCAAGCCAGAAAUCACAUGGGAGAAGCAGGUCGAUGGGAAGGACAAAGUCAUCAUGAAGCCAAACCACGUCAGAGGGAACGUCGUGGUCACCAACAUCGCCCAGCUGGUCAUCUACAACACGCAGCUGCAGGAUGCAGGAAUCUACACCUGCACUGCCCAGAACAGUGGUGGCCUCCUCCGGGCAGAUUUCCCUUUGUCAGUCAUCAGAGGAGAGCCCACAUCCAAGGAAGCUUCCCAGAACAAAACACAUUUUCCAACCGACGAGUGCCUGAAGCAGCCGGACAGUGAAGACUGUGGGGAAGAGCAGACCAGGUGGUACUACGAUGCCAAGAAAAACAACUGCUUUACUUUCAUCUAUGGGAACUGUAACAGCAACCUCAACCACUUUGAGACCUACGAGAGUUGCAUGCUAACGUGCAUGAAUGGCCCCAUCAACAUCUGCAACCUGCCUGCCCUUCAAGGCCACUGCAAGGCCUACGAGCCCAGGUGGGCCUACAAUAGCUUGACAAAGCAGUGCCAGUCCUUUAUCUACGGCGGGUGUGGAGGCAAUGAGAAUAACUUUGAGAGCCGGGAGGCCUGCGAGGAGAUGUGUCCCUUCCCAAAGAACACGCACUGCAAGGCCUGCAAGCCCCGCCAGAAGCUGGUGACCAGCUUCUGCAAAAGUGACUUUGUCAUCCUGGGCCGUAUCACGGAGCUGACCGAAGACCAAGACUCAGGACAUGCCCUGGUAACCGUGGAGGAGAUUCUCAAGGAUGAAAAGAUGGGAUUAAAAUUCCUGGGGAAGGAACCACUAGAAAUCACGCUCUUGAACAUGGACUGGAGCUGCCCGUGUCCCAACAUGACCACAGUGGAUGGCCAGCUCAUCAUCAUGGGCGAUGUCCACAAUGGCAUGGCCAUCCUGCAGCCUGACAGCUUUGUGGGCACCUCCAGCGUCCGGCGCGUGCGCAAGCUCCGCGAAGUCAUCCACAAGAAAACCUGUGAGCUUUUGAAAGAGUUCCUGGGAUUGCAUUAACCUCCCUCACUUGUGUGAGCUGCCCUGAUCCGUGUGUUAGUAGGGCUAACAAGUGCUAGGCUAGUGCCAAACUAAACACACUGUUUGAAGAUACGCUGUAGGAAUUAUGUGGAACCCCUAUUUUAAUCCAUUAAUGAUGCUUAGCUACAACAUAGUUUGGUCUUUGGCAGGCAUGUAAACCAGCAGCAAAAGGCCAUUAAUCUUGCAUUGAAAUCAAUUUCUCCAUAUAGGAAGUGCCAUUUAACUAGUUGACUCACUUUGGUAAUUAUAAAAUUUUUAUCUAGCUUCCAUCAUAAAUGACAGAAUUCAUAGCAUUUAUUGGGCUACACAGCUAAGAAAUAUAUAAUGUAAAUUUAAUCUGUCUCUGUUUCAGUCUGAUUCGUCGUCAUAAGUCACUCUUACAGCAGGACUAAUAUUUCAAGAGAAAAGCCUGUAAAUUAUUAUCUGUAUUUACAAUUGUGCACAUUUAAC